AUACUUGAAUCUCACCAAGGUGCCCUGGAAGAUUAAAAAGCAGGAUGCCCUUGCCACCGUAGCCCUGGUGGCCCAGAACAUUAACGGGAAGAAACCCGCCUGGAACUUUAUUAAAGACAACUGGGAGUCCAUCCGCUCAGAGCACAAGAGUGUGGAGGCGAUCGUGGGACUGCUGGAGGGCGUGACAUCCAGAUUCACCACUGACGCGGACCUCCGGGAGUUGAAGGCAUUCGACGCGAAAAUGGAGUCUGAAGGCUAUUACUUUGCGGGCCGCAUGAUGGCCAAGGCAAUGAGGCGCACCACCUCUUACAUACAAUGGAGGAAGGAGAACGAGAAGGAGAUCUACAACUGGAUGAGGAACAAUGUGUGAAAGCCGAUGCCCCAGGCUCCCCCGUCCCCUCCCGCUUGGGAUGGCCCUUUGCAACCUCCUGCCCGUUUCCACCCCCCCACCACUUCACU